AUGUCGACCUGGAAGUUCGAUUUCACCGGAAGGAUUGAGAAGCUAAGGCGAGGCGGACAAUCCAAGGAUAUGAUCAUCGAGGAACAACUCACUAAGGUGGAAAAUGAUUUUAACGCCCAACGUUAUGCUCUUGUCCUUGCUCGUCGAUUGGACUCGGGUCGUCGUGUGCUGCUAAAGAUUCGCUAUGAUCUGAAUCCAAGGGGAUUCGACAUUGAUGACUUACAGGAAAACCGGGAGUUGUGUGAUGAUGAGUAUCUCGGUGAAUUGGAAACAGUCAAGAUUGUAAACAGUAUCAACCACGGGCCGGCAUUGUUAGAUUGGUAUACAAAGCGUCAAUCAGAAGAUAUGCCAUACCCUCAAAAAGGGAUUAUGGAUGUUUACAUCAUGGAUCUUGUACCAGGAGAGAACGUGGAUGAUAUUUUCGAGGAUCUUGAGUGGGAGCACUUGCGGAUAAUAAGGGCUCAGCUUACUUACAUCUUAGAGACGCUGCGAAUCCAAGGGCGAAUUCUAGAUGAACAACAUCCUAGAUUUCUUAAUUAUAACAAAAAGGCCAAGAAAUUGUACUUUUUUGAUUUUUCAUUCUGCAGCGAAAUUCCUCUGGAUGAACUUGACAUGUAUGAUCCGAUUACUCAAUAUGAUGACUGGGUCCUCGCCUUUAAUAUCUGGCCAGAUGAGAUGCUUCGUUCUGAGCCUCGGGAGCUACUGCUACUCAAGGUCCCCCAAAUAUCCCAACGACAAAUUAACAUGGAAUGCAAGGAGUGGGACUGUCUGUACCUCCGCCAAUAUCUCCUUCACAUUUGCCAUUGUCGCAGGGAGCAUUUCCAACGAGAGGUGUCCAGAAUACGUGAUCGAGAUGAAAACAGGCCACCCCAGUGGCAUCCAGGUUACUUCGGGAAGGUUUCUCAGACCUGGGGCUUGAUGAUGGCGAUGACGAGGAAAAGUCAGAACACUAGUAUCAAUAAUAAUAUUGAUGCCUAA